AUGUCAUUAUCAUCAAUGGAACAUAAAAUGCAAACAGCUAUAGUACGACAAAAAAUGAGUACUGUAGAUGAAGAAGGUAGAUUGAGAAAGUUUGAUAUACGUGAAGAUCCUGAACAAAAAGCUAAAUGUGAUCAAACAAUGGAAUUAUUAUUAGCUGCAGGCUAUUUUCGUGUGCGGAUCAAAGGAUUGUCUGAAUUUGAUAAAGUGGUUGGUGGUCUUGCCUGGAGCAUUCAAGCUUGUAAUUUUACUGUUGAUAUAGAUGUUCUCUAUCAAGAAAAUGCUACUCUCGGUCAAAAAAUAGCAUUGACAGAACGUAUUGUUCUUGUAUUAUCACGUAUGAAAUGUCCGUAUGGAAUUGAACCACAUCAAAUUCAAGGCGGUGAUUUUAUUCAUAUAUUUCCUGUUGUUCAAUGGCUUGUGAAACGAGUCUUUGAACGACGUGCGGAAAUAGGUGAUUUCAAUCGAUCUUAUACAUUAAAUCAAUAUGAAAAACAAUUCGGUGAAAUAACAAAUCAACAAACAACAAUCUUAAAAGAGAAUGUUGAAGCUAUUCGAGUAAAAUUAAAUAAAUAUAAUAUCAUAGAAAAAAACUCUAGUUUUCAGAUUUGUCAUCGACCUAAACGUCGUUAUCGAUGUUUGGAUAAUAAAACAAAACGAUUGAAUAAUUCUGAUGAACGUCAUAAACGAAUUCAUUCUACACUUGUUGAAUUUGGUCAAAUACAUCAAUUACUUACAUCAGCUGAUGAUCAUGAGAAACCUCAACAAGAUAUUAAUUCACUUGUUAAAAAUAUGGUCAAUGAAAAAUCAAAAAUUACUACACAAAUUGUACAUACAUUAGUCAAUCAACAACAAGAUACAUUACGUGAAAUAAUCGAAGAUUUUGAAGAGAAGGAAAAAGCGCGUCUCGAAGAAGCACUUCUAUCUGAAAAUGGCCAACAACAAUUAGCAAUACGUACAUUUAAAAUCCAAUUAAAAAAACAAAUAGAACGAAAGAAUGUAUUACAAGCACAAAUUGAACAAAUAAAAAUACAAAAAGAAGAAAAACGAAAUAGUGCAUUACAAAUUAAACAACAAUAUGAACAAUUAAAUGAUGAAAUUGAACAAAUUAAUAUACAAGCUAAAAAUAUUGAUCCUGAAUCUCUUAAACGUACGGAAAUACUUGUAGCUGAAUAUGAAGCAGUAAAAAAAGAAGAAAGUGAACGACGUGCGAUAUAUAAAAAUGAAAAAAAUGAACUUGAACAAGAACUUUCACAAUUAGAAAUUCGUUUACAAUCAUCAUCAUCAGAUAUUGAUGCGGCAGAAAAUGAGAAAAUAAAACAAAUUGAGGAACAACAUCAAUUAGUUACUAAUCGAUUACAAAAUCAAAGGCUUCUACUAGCACAAAAAGUCCGAGAAAUUUCAACAAUUAGUCGACAUAUGGAUGAUAUUCCAACUUCAAUUGAAUUAGCUCAAUAUCGUCAAGCAUUUUUUCAAUUAUAUAAUCAAAGUGCUGUUUUAUAUCGACAAACCAAACAAAACUAUACAUUAUAUAAUACAUUUACUGAUAUGAUAGAUUAUAUGACAAAAGAAAUAACAGUAAUUGAAUCAAUUUAUCAAGGUUAUCCACAAGCAAUUCUAACACCAAAUGGUAAAGAACAUUUUCUUACACAACUAGAAACAAUUGUUGAAAGUGUUAAAAUCAAUCGAAUUAAAAUCGAUCGACGGCAUCAAGAAGAAAAAUAUAAACGUGAUGCAUUGAAUAUUGAUUUGUCAGAAUUAGUUGAUAAAUCUAGACAAUAUGCAAAAGUUUUUAAAGAUUUUCAAGAAGCAAUCCGAGAAAAUGAAGAACUCCUUUCCAAAUCUCAAUAA